UGAAUCUGGGGACACAAUGCAAAGGGGAGCCCCUGGGAAGGGUGUAUUACGCACAUGACCGUACCUACCUCAUAAAACUGUGGUCAUGGUUAAAUGAAUGAAUCUGUUAAGUACUUGCCAUAGUAAUAAGCGUCUAAUAAAAGCUGCCCAUGGCUGACCCAAAGAGUAACCGGAAGGGUUUAGCCCCUGUCCCACCAAAUGCACCUGCUAUACAAAUGCAACUUCCCUUGCCCUGGCUUCCAGCAAGAUUGUCCCAAGUCCCUCCUGUCUAUAAAUUCUGGGGCUGCCACUGGUACCAUUCUCUCAUCAGUGACAUCCCAAGGCAUGAUGGCUCUGUGGGUCCCAACCUCUUCUCUGCUGACUUGGGUUUGUGGGGAGCAUCCCAGAUCCUAACACAUUCUCUUUCCCUUUGCCCCAGAGUGUGUGCUUAGAAUGGCUCCGGGCUGUGUGACAUCACAGAGCUCCCACCCCCCGUGAUAGGGAUUGAGGGUUCAUGACACCCUGGCAGUGUGUCUUGGUGUGGCUCGCUGGGCUGGGGGCCAUGGAGACAGGUGGGAGGCUAUCCUGGGAGCAGUGGAGAAGGCAGAAGUCUUGGGGAAAAGGGCCACAGUGUCCUUAGGGACUGGGGAGAGAGGACAGCCCUGGGCCUUUCUCUUUUCUCUCCACCCUUCUCUCCCAUCCACCCUGUCCCAGAUCAGGACUUCUUGGGGAGAGCUCAACUGACCCUCAAGAAGUUUCUGGCGAUAAAACCAAGCCCCUCCAGAGCUGCACUAAUGCUCACAGCCUCAGCUCCUUGGGGUGGGGUUGGGGUCAAGGGUCUGCUGGGCUGUGGUUACUUUCUUCUGCUUCCCCAGCCCCCAGCCCAGGCAGUGCCCGGAUGUCGCGCUCAGAAGCAGAGUCUUGGCUCUUCUUAGAUGCCCCUGACUUCUUCGAUUACCCAGACACAGAUGAAGCCAGGCUCCUGGCCCUGUCCAAGUUUAUUGGUGAGGAGCCUGUCAAUUUUGUAAACACAGACUCCGGCUCCGGGUUCUUCCACCACAUCCUGGUGGCCGCCCUGGGGGCAGCCGUCUUCUUCCUCCUUUACCAGUUCUGCACCCACAUGAGCUGCCAGAAAGGGGCCUAAAGAGCCAGACAAGGACCCUGGACUCAGCUCCUGAACACCCAAACCUGUCCUCUUCUCCUGC